GUGCAGAGAGAAGAAAUACGAUUAUUACAGCCUGCCGAAAACCUCUGUUGUGAUAGCAUUUUAUAAUGAGGCUUGGUCAACACUUCUGCGAACUGUUCAUAGUGUUCUUGAGACAUCUCCAGAUAUACUUUUGGAAGAAAUUAUCCUUGUAGAUGAUUACAGUGAAAAAGAACACUUAAAGGAGACUUUGGAAAACUACGUGGCUGGCUUACGCAAGGUGCGUCUUAUCCGUGCAAACAAGCGAGAGGGGCUGGUUCGAGCCCGGCUGCUGGGUGCGUCUGUGGCGAAAGGAGACAUCCUGACCUUCCUGGACUGCCACUGUGAAUGCCAUGAGGGCUGGCUGGAGCCGCUGCUGGCCAGGAUUGCGGAGGAAGAAUCGGCUGUCGUCUGCCCUGUUAUUGAUGUUAUUGACUGGAAUACAUUUGAGUACUUGGGAAAUGCUGGUGAGCCACAGAUUGGUGGAUUUGACUGGAGGCUGGUCUUCACUUGGCAUAGUAUCCCUGAAAGAGAACAGAAGCAGAGGAAGUCCAAGACCGAUGUGAUCAGGUCUCCAACCAUGGCAGGUGGAUUAUUUUCUGUGAGCAAGAAGUACUUUGAUUAUCUUGGUUCAUAUGACACAGGAAUGGAAGUCUGGGGAGGAGAAAACCUUGAAUUCUCAUUCAGGAUAUGGCAGUGUGGAGGAAGUCUCGAGAUCCACCCGUGCUCCCAUGUAGGUCAUGUUUUCCCCAAGCAAGCUCCAUACUCACGGUCCAAAGCUCUGGCAAACAGUGUGCGUGCAGCUGAAGUGUGGAUGGAUGAAUAUAAAGAACUUUAUUACCACCGAAACCCACAUGCUCAUCUGGAACCAUAUGGAGAUGUGACAGAAAGGAGACUCCUUCGAGAGAAGCUGAAAUGUAAGGACUUCAAAUGGUUCUUGGAGAAUGUGUACCCAGAGCUUCAUGUACCUGAGGACAGACCAGGCUUCUUUGGAAUGCUGAAGAAUAGAGGAAUGGCAAACUUCUGUUUUGAUUAUAACCCUACAAAUGAACAUCAAGUAACCGGACACAGGAUCAUACUGUACCCAUGUCAUGGCAUGGGACAAAAUCAGUUUUUCGAGUACACAUCCCAUAAUGAAAUACGUUACAACACCCGACAGCCAGAAGUCUGUGCAGCACUUGAUUCGGGGACUGACUACUUGACUAUGUAUUUGUGUCAGGAAAAUGUCCACAAUAUUCCUGAAAACCAGAAGUUUGUUUUCAGAGAGGAUGGUACCUUGUUUCAUCUUCAAACCCAGAAGUGCGUACAGGCAGAGUCAAACGCUUACAAUGGUAACCCAGCACCAUUGUUACGACCAUGUACAGACUCGGACUACCAGAAAUGGUUCUUCAAAGAAAGAAGUUGA